CGUUUCGGAGCACCGCGAGAGGGAAGCGCUGCGGCUCCGGAGAGCUUCCGACCCCCGCUUCUGGUUUGGGCGUCUGGGUCACGUGGCGAGGCCCGGAAGCGGCUGCGGGGCAGUUCGGGGAGAUGGGGAGACCUCCGCGCUGAGACGGGGUGAGGUGCACUGCACUGAGGCGGGAGUCCCAGCCGGAGUCGAGCCGGAGCUGAGCCAAAGCGGAGCUGGAGCCGGAACCGGAACCCGGGCGCUACCAUGUCCACACAGAGGCUCCGGAACGAGGACUACGCUGACUACAGCUCCACCGAUGUGAGCCCGGAGGAGAGCCCGUCCGAGGGCCUGAACAACUUCUCUCCCCCGAGCUCCUACCAGCGAUUUGGGGAAAGCAGCAGCACAACGUGGUUCCAGACCUUGGUGCACUUGUUAAAAGGCAAUAUCGGCACAGGACUCCUGGGGCUGCCCCUGGCGGUGAAAAAUGCGGGCAUUUUGAUGGGUCCCCUCAGCUUGCUGUUGAUAGGCAUCGUGGCCGUGCACUGCAUGCGUAUCCUGGUGAAAUGUGCUCACCACUUCUGCCGCAGACUGAACAAGCCCUUCCUGGAGUAUGGGGAGACGGUGAUGUACGCACUGGAAUCCAGCCCUGUCUCCUGGCUCCGGAACCACGCACACUGGGGAAGAUACACUGUGGACUUCUUCCUGAUUGUCACGCAGCUGGGAUUCUGCUGUGUCUAUUUCGUUUUUCUGGCUGACAACUUUAAACAGGUGAUAGAAGCGGCCAAUGCAACCACCAAUGACUGCCACAACAGUGAGACAGUGGUUUUGACGUCCACCAUGGACUCGCGACUCUACAUGCUCGCCUUCCUGCCCUUCCUGGUGCUGCUGGUUUUCAUCAGGAACCUCCGGCUGCUGUCCAUCUUCUCCCUAUUGGCCAACAUCACCAUGCUGGUCAGCCUGGUCAUGAUCUACCAGUUCAUUGUGCAGAGCAUCCCCGACCCCAGCCGCCUGCCCUUGGUGGCCCCCUGGAAGACCUACCCUCUGUUCUUCGGCACGGCCCUUUUUGCAUUUGAAGGCAUUGGGAUGGUUCUGCCCCUUGAAAACAAAAUGAAGGAUCCCCAGAGAUUUCCAGUCAUCCUGUAUGUGGGCAUGGCCAUCGUCACCGUACUCUACAUCAGCCUGGGGAGUCUGGGGUACCUGCGAUUCGGAGCUAAUAUCCAAGCCAGUAUAACCCUCAACCUGCCCAACUGCUGGCUGUACCAGUCCGUGAAGCUGCUCUACUCCAUUGGCAUCUUCUUCACCUACGCCAUCCAGUUCUACGUCCCGGCCGAGAUCAUUGUCCCCUUCUUCGUGUCCCGCGUGCCUGAGCACUGGAAGCUGGUAGUGGACCUGUCUGUGCGCACCGUGCUGGCCUGCCUGACGUGCAUCCUGGCCAUCCUCAUCCCCCGCCUGGACCUGGUCAUCUCCCUGGUGGGCUCCGUGAGCAGCAGCGCCCUGGCCCUCAUCAUCCCGCCCCUCCUGGACAUCACCACCUACUACUCGGAGGGCAUGAGCCCCCUCGCCAUCGCCAAGGACGCCCUGAUCAGCAUCCUGGGCUUCGUGGGCUUUGUGGUGGGGACAUACGAGGCUCUCUAUGAGUUGAUCCAGCCAAGCAGUGCUCCCAUUGUUGUCAAUUCCACCAGUGCCUCUGCAUAGCCGUUUGGGUGCAUCCCCUGCGCCUGUCCACCCCACUCCCAUGUAUUCCCUAGCACUUGGCCCCAGAGCCUUGGGGAGGGUCCAGGCUCUGGGGAAAAGCAAGGUUGCUGUUCAGGAAGCCCGGUACCUGGUACCUAGGUUCCCUGGGCCAGGUAGGACUGAGGGCUGGGGGAGAGUGGCUAGCAGAUAUGCCGGAGGCACCUUUAGUGGAAGUGCCACCAUUGUUCAUUUGUGCUUAUUUAACCAGAACCUUAAAGCUGUUUUCCCUCAUCACACCUUCUCCCUUACCUGCCUUUCUUUUCUGACCCACCUCCCUGAAAUUAUUCUUUUUGCAUAGCUCACUUUAUUUAAAAAUUUUAGCAUUUCAUUUUCUGGUCCAGACUUAGACUAAAUAAGUAAGAACUCUCUGUUUAUAAAGUUGGGCUUAUCUCUUUCUCAUAUCUCUCCCAAAUAUUUUACCUCAAGUCUCCAGCAGGUAUCUGGACCUACCUAGUAGUUUAAACUAGCCCGCAAAGCUGGAGUUUUUAAUCUUCACGCUCUCUGGCUUGCUGUGACCCUUGGCUACACUUUUCCUCUUGGAAUUCCUUGUAUGGGUCACAAUACUGUGUUCUUAGUUGCUUUAGCUCCCAAAAGACAUCAGUCACUGCCUCAAUUGAAAAUAUUUAUAUUUUAUUUUAUUUAAAAUCAGCUUUUGUUUUUCGACUCUCCUGAUCGGAGGUUAUUGUGAAUCACUUGUUCCUCAGUCAACUUGUAUCAGCUUCUCCUGCUGAAAAGAAACUUGUUCCAGGAAAUGUCUGUGCAGGUCCUCAGCACCCGAGGCUGAGUACCUCAGAUUGUAAUCAGGAUCACCUAAAUGUGUACCUCUGCGGGGAGGCCUGGACUUGGCCUCCCACAGCCCAGCCUGAUUUCGUACUGAGUAGAUAUGACGGACUCGGGAAACAUCUGCUAGUGCACUAGGCCAAAGGAAUGGAGGGCCGCACCUUUCUGCCCAUGGGAGGCUCAUGAAAUGGUAGCUUUGUGAGUUCAGGCCCCUUUCUCAGCCUCAGUCCCUGGCCUGCAAACAGCAUGGCAGCAUUCAGUUGCCGUCACGCCAGGAAGAUGCCCACACUGUUGCCAAGGGCGAGACCAUGAGGUCAGUGUGCACAGACCGUCAAAAUUAAGUUCAGAGAAUUUCCAGCGGCUGGUUUGACACUGAGUGCGGUGCUUGGUUGUUUACAAUCAGCUGGCAGUAGGGCAGACACAGUGCCCUGUCUGGCUGCCUUCGAGACCUGGACUCUAAAGUUGCCACUUAGUUGGGAUGUCAGUCCCCUGUGUUCUAAACACUAACUAUGAUGCCUGUCCCUCCCCCUGAGUGUCAGAAGUAGCCUCAGGGUUGGCUCACCUCAAGGUCGGCCUGCAGGUGUGGGAAGAAGCUGCGGAGAAGGCAGAGGAUGGUACACUGCCUUGCUUUGGCAUCCCCGUCCUCCCUGCAGGUGUGAGGAAGCAUUGAGAGGGGCAUCGGUCACUGGCUCUUGUCCUCCUGAGCUGUGUGCAGGUAUGUGUGUGUCUGUGCAUAUGUGGUGGGGUCCUGCUGUCCUCCACUCCUGUCGCCAGGCUCUGGCUUACUCACCCGGAGCUACAGUUUGCCCUGCAAGUUGGGAGAGCAGCACAACUUUAUCAGGGCUUUUUUGGUUUUGUGUUUUACCAAAGCUCCUAAGGGCUCUGACCCACCUUUGCAGCCCCACCUUUUUUUUUUCCUUGUCUGUUCCAAAGCCAAACUUUCUUGUUGUAGUGACUCCUAAGUUCCCUAAGAAUUUGCUUACAAAGAUGUGAUCAGUGGUGACUUGGUCCCUCUUAGGAGAAGGACAUUCUUCAUCCACCGUUUCUGUUCAUUGGUGGUCCUGAACAGGUGCUUCCAUGACCAAGAUUCUAGCUGGAGGUGGCAGUCCUGCCCUCUGAAGCCUCGGGCUUAGAAACUACCACAGUGGGCUCAGGAAUUGUCAUCUCCUGUUUGCAAGCCUGGGCUCCAGCAGUCUUCCCGCAGUGGUCCUGAGGGUGAGAAGGUGCGUGUCAGUAGAAGUGGGUCAGAUGUGUGUCCUGCCCACAGCUUCCGUGGGGGAAGCUUCUAUGUGCGCAGGGAGCUGCUGGAAGCUGUCCUGUCCAGGUGGGCAGUCACACUGGGCCUCUGGUGCUGGAACUCGAGGGGUAGGUAGCACAAUACUGAGCUGAAGUCUUAGCCCCAAGACUCUUUAGCUGAGACUUAGUCCUCUGGCCCCUAAGUCUUAGCUAAAUGCAGGCUAUUGCUUCAGGAUCCCUGACCCAGAGAAUGUGGUGUACAGGUGAGGUGGCUCUGGCUCUGGGGCUUCUGGAGGCUAAUUCGGCUUGGCUUUCCCUCUGAUCUCUUUCCUGUGCUCUGACUUGGCAGCCUGCUUGCCUGGCUGACUCCGAAGACAGGCAAGGUGAACCCAGUCAGUGGGCCUUUGGUUGUGCAGUUGCACUGCAGUUUGGCAUUGAGUAAAGGGCUCAGCCAGAGGAUGGCAGGAGGGAGCCCUUCCUCCUCCUCUGGAAGCAGCUGUCUGGGCCCACUGAGGGAAGCCUCCCCUUCUGCUGCCUCUGGGCCUUCUGUAGUCAGGGAGCCCUUGGUGUCUUCUUGCCACUCUUUGGGAACCAGAACCAGCUGCCCAACUACUUCCUGUGCCUUGCUCCAGUUCCUGGAAAAAAGCUCCAGUGUAAGCAGGAGUCUGAUCAGGAGCAACAAAGCAAAGGCUUCUGUAGUGUGAGGCUGCAUCUGCCAAGCCAAAGGCAAAUCCUGGGUUUUCUGGCUUAGUACUGUUAGGUACUGUGUCUCUCCCCCACUCUCCUCACGCAGCCCCAGAUUUUUAUUAGCUCAGAGGCAGCUACUCAGAGCCACUUGUUCUGACCUGCAAACGCCACUGUUGGGAGCCAGUUUCCAGCUCCCUGUCGGCAGUGUACCUCCCCUUAAACGCAGGUGCUGGCCAGGAAGAGCAUGACCUGGCAUAUUCAGUUUGCCUACAAGUUGUCACCGUACACAAGUGGCAUUAUUUAUAGUGUGCUGCUGUCCAGCUGCUAGGACCCCUGCAUCUGUACAAACCCUGGCCAGAUGCAUGUGAAUGUAAGGCAUGUCGUAGCUGAGCAGCUUAUGCCCUGCCCUUCACCUCCCCAGCCAGAUCCACGGGCUGGUGCUCACUACUCUCUACCUGCACAAAAGGUAAAACAUGCAGUCUCAGCAGUUGGCUUAAAGUGACGAUCCCACCAGACAGGUAUGUUAGGAAAAUCUCUCCCCUCCCCCUGUACUCCUGUCUUGCUUUUUUCCCCUCCAGUUUCUCCCAAAAUUAUAGCAUAUCACUUCUGUUUAACACUACACGUUCGCCUUAUGUUUUUUGGAAGUGCAAAAUCUCAGUCUGUGUCUGUUUACAGCUUUCUGUAUUCACUAUUCAGGGCAGGUGGGUCUGUAUCGGUGGGUUUAUUUCAUAGCUGAUAAGCGGGCCGCAGCAUUCACCCUGGCCAGAGCGUGGCCCGGUCCUCACAGUGGAGACACCCAAUGCAAAAGGCACGACUUGCUAAUUAGGGAGUCGGCUCCAAGUCUGCCACAGAAUUAAAUUUUCCAAAGUACAUUACAAAUCUCCAGGACCGUGAGGGGAAGAAGAGACAGUGUGGUUUAUCUUUGCAAUUAUGGUCGGUACUUUCAGGCAAUUAGCCCUGCGGGCUGCAGGGCUGUUGGCUCUGACAGAGUCAGUUUGUUGCAUGUCUUCCCUGUGCUUUGUACCACUGGGUCGUUCCCUGGCCAGGGACACAAAUGGUGCUGAUAUGAGGUCAUCAGAGUGUAGGGAGCGGGGUGGCGGAUGAGGGUGGAGGGUGCCUGUCAUAAGCUGUGUUUUUUCAUUUAAAUCAAGGUGACUCUGGGGAAGCCAUUUUGUUUUUGUGAAGGAUAGGAUUAUGUGGCUAUUGUAAAUCACUGUCAGUGGGUGUGUGAAUAAGAGAAGUAUAAAACCCGCGGUCCGCGGGUCUGGAUAACCACACGGUGCCGUGUGUGUUGUGUGCCCACAUGAACGUGUGCUCUGCAUGGUCUGUGCAGGGGCUGGUCUGUGCAGGGGCUCGUAGAAGACUUCCUUUGGGCUUCUGCACACGGAUCAUGUGUUAAGCUUUUUCUUUUCAAUAAAUGAAUUUUAUUUUUUAUUUUUGAA